UACUCUACUCUGUUCGUGCGAUUACCUUCUCUUCCCGUAAAACAUCCAUUUUUAUCGAUUUUUAGAAAUUCUCCGAUCUGUGUAGAGAGAGAAAGUAGAAUGUCGGGGAAAGGAGCAAAGGGUUUGUUGACGGGGAAAACUCCGGCGGGAACAAAGGAUAAAGAUAAGGACAAGAAGAAACCCACCUCUCGCUCUUCUCGAGCUGGACUUCAGUUUCCUGUUGGAAGAAUCCACCGACUUUUGAAGGAACGAGCGACUGCGCAUGGAAGAGUAGGUGCAACGGCUGCUGUAUAUUCUGCAGCCAUUUUAGAGUACCUAACUGCAGAAGUGCUGGAAUUGGCUGGAAAUGCCAGCAAGGAUUUAAAGGUGAAGCGUAUCACGCCACGUCAUCUCCAGCUGGCGAUACGUGGUGACGAGGAACUCGAUACCCUCAUAAAAGGAACUAUAGCUGGUGGUGGUGUCAUCCCGCACAUACACAAGUCGCUCAUCAACAAGUCCUCCAAGGAAUAAAAUGUUAAAAUAAAAUCGUGUUGUAAACUGUUAAAUAUCGUUCUUGGAUUAAUUAGGCUGUCUACAUAUUUAGGUGUUCUUGUUUGUGGCGUGUAUAUUGAGAGCUGAAAACGGGUUGCUGCUCGGAUUAUGUUUUAUGAGUUGAACAAACUUUUAGGCGUAUGCUUCUUUCGAAUCGUGUUGCAUCAAAUUACUUGUGCUAAAAAAAGGGUUUCUUGGAUUA